AUGUUGCCUCAGGACGACAAGCCAGACGCUGCCAUGCGAGGCAUACCCAACAACAGACGCCAUGCCGGACUGCCAACGCCAAUGUCAAAGGAAUCAGAUCCUCGACACAGCCAUGCUACUGGUUUGACCAAGCCGUCCCCGACCACGAUCAGGACCGCAUGCCUGCCUCUUCCACAUCUGCACUCGCCAGUCUGCCCUAUCAAAUCGAGGCCGGCGCUUGUUGGUACAGACACUGCAUCACUUCCUCCAAAGGAAGCCAGUCGCCGUCGUGCCUUGCUUGAGGCGCAGGGAGAAGACCGCCGCAGUGAGAUCUUUGGCACAGAGAGGACAGCUGCGAGCAAGGGCCAGCUUCUACAACACAGCGCCACGUCCGUCGGGAAGGGGGAUGAGAAGCCGUCGUUGGACAACGACGUUGAAGCCAGAAGGAAGAGGGCUGCAGGUGGCCGUCGUCGUGGCCUUCCCCCUACCUCCCCAACAGGCGCGCGGAUGUGGAGCUCGAUCGAGUCGCAACAGGGUGACAGCAGAGAGCGGGAGAGCUGCAGUGCAUCACUGCCAAUAGCCAUGAGGUCGCUGGCCCUGGCCGCUGCACACCUUCGGAUGGCGCGCGCUCUCGAUCUCGACAGGCUUCUGUCGACGGCAUACGAUUGGAAAAGACAUGGCUCUCUGCUCACGGACGAACCUGAGCGCUUGACGACGCAAAACGGCAGCCAUUUCCUCGCUCGGCCGUAA